UAUGCCGACUGAUGAAUGCGUUAUUUUCUGUCUUAGCUUUUUAUACCUUGUUAACUGUUAGCAUUCGCUCUGCUUCUCAAGGAUAGUAUUCGCCUCAGCUUUUAGCGCUGUCAGUUUCUGUGCCGUUGUGUUAGUUGCACUGAACGCUGGCAAAUUUGAUUGGUUUCGUUGCUUGUUUCCUAACUCUGCAUCAUAGUCAAAGGGAAGCUGACUAUUUGUUUGAGGACGUUCUUCGCGUUAAGAACACAACACAGACCUCUUCACCUCUCACGAUCCAGCCCGCAGCACCAUGAAGCAUACACACCGGUGCUGCCAGACUCCCCCCUCAGUAACUGUCCGGGUCAAACCCAACAGUGCUCACACCCUCCAAAUCAGAAGAGGUCUCCGGCUAAAAAGAGCCAACGGACAGGACACCCAGGGCCCAUAUGGGAAGAGCCAGCUGAGCCAGCGUCAGGAUGAGGCCCAUUAUGCUAAGAUGACCAUGCUUCCAACUAUUGUCAUCCAGCGGCAGGAAAUGGCAUCAUUCUUCAGACUUUUUGAUGAUGAUCUGAUCCAAGACUUCCUGUGGAUGGACUGUUGCCGUAAAAUGACAGACAAGUACCUUCUAGCCAUGACCUUUGUGUACUUCAAACGGGCCCACUUCACAAUUGCUGAAUACACCAGGAAGAAUUUUUUCAUUGCACUGUAUCUUGCCAACACCAUGGAGGAGGAUGAGGAGGAGAGUAAGUAUGAGAUUUUUCCAUGGGCGCUGGGCAAGAACUGGAGGAAGCAGUUUCCGCGCUUCCUCAAGCAGCGAGACAAGCUGUGGGGCCGCAUUGAGUACAGAGCUGCUGUCAGCAGGCGCUGCUGUGAAGAGGUGAUGGCCAUUGUGCCCUCUCACUAUGUGUGGCAGCGAGAGAGAUCAGAGCUCCACAGUGGCGCCCAGCGACAGUACGGUGAUCGAGACCACACCCGUAUUCCACGCGGGCCCUCUGCCUCCCCAUUCUCCUGUGCCCUCUGUAACCAUGACACUAAGUUAGAUCAGGGCCUGGUCUCCUCUUCUCCCAACAGAGGCUCCUCUGCACAGACCCCAAACACCACCUAUCCACACCCAUUCACCUCCUUGCUAACUCUGGAGACCACCCCACUCAGAGCUGCAGCCUCUUGCAGGAAAUUGGUGGAGACUAAGAGCCACAUGAAGCAUUCCUCCUGCUGCUGUGCUGAGGAGGUUCCAAGUAAGGGAUGAGUCUCUUGUGGAUCUGCAUAUGACACCUCUAUGGACUGGAUCAAUGAGGAGUAGAGUGCCACCAUCUCAGCAGUUUCACUACUUCCCUCUUCAUACAGGCAGAGCAGAUCUGUGUAUUAUCUUCUCUCCACUUUAAUACCACUUCUACCCUGAAGUAAAGGCCUGAAUCACAAGUGUAACCUGCUAGUUUGUGUUCAUCUCCAGCAGCAUGAUACUGAUUUUAUCAUAACUUUGUCAGAACAAAGUUACUUGUUCAAAGGACAAUAACUACAUUAUUCCAUACAUCAUAACCUAAUAGAAACAUGCAUUAAGAUUACUGUGAUAUGAGAGUAUUAUUGUAAAGGCUUGUUUAACCUACACACAGUUCCUGCUAUUUAUUUAUUUAUUUAGUUGUUAUUUAUUUACUGAAGCACUUGUGAUUUUUUUGACGACCACUUAUUCACAGAUGGUAAAAGAUACUUGAGUUUUGAAAUGAGUUUCAGACAUUUUGGCCGAACUGAAGUUUAGUCACUAAUGGAUACGUGUCUUCAACAUAGUCUGUCACAUACUGGGAUUUUACCAGGGGGUGUUUUUAGUAAUGUUGCCAUUGUGCCUGUUAAAUCCCACACUGCCUCUUGAGUUUCAAUAAAGGGUUGAACUUGAAUUAAUCAUUUUGAGG